AGGAGGGCCACGCGAAAAAGCGGACCUUUGCCGGAACAGAUAUCCGAGCUUAACUGAUCGAUCAGAUAAAAAUUUUGCUUUGUAAUUUUGAGUAAUCACUGAAAAAUUAAGAUUUAAGUUGGGAAUUUUUAUUUCCAUGAGUUGAUCUGGCUAAGAAUUUAAAAGAACAGUAUCUAAAAGUCCACCAUAGAAGAUAUGUCAUCGUUUGAGGAUUAUUUUUCAAUUCAAACAUUUCUUAUUGUCUUGAGAGAGACUUUAGAGCUGGCAAUUAUCAUUUCGGUAUUGUUAGCAUUUAUUCAUCAAGCAUUUAAAGGGGAAGGGAGAGUUAAAAACAAGGUUGAAGGUUCGACACAUAAUAAUGCUUAUAGAAGUACAGAGGAACCAUUACUUGAAUCAUCCACAAGUGAAUCAAGUAAUGAAGUACGUGAUCUUGACAAUGAUACUAUCUAUAAAUAUUUAAAGCUUCAAAUUUGGAUAGGUGGAUUACUUGGUUUAGCAAUAUGUAUGUUAAUUGGUUCAAUAAUAUUGGCUGUUUUUUAUUUGUUAGGAAGUGAUUUGUGGACAAUUGCUGAACAUUACUGGGAAGGAGGUUUCUCUAUUCUUGCAAGUAUAAUCAUAUCUGGUAUGGGGAUAAAAAUUUUAAGAGUUAACAAAAUGCAGAAGAAAUGGAAACAUAAAUUAUCCCUUAUCAUUGAACGUUCAGAUUAUAUCAAUAAGGCUAUUAGACAUGGUAGUUCAGUAGGAAUUUCUAAAAAGGAAUUUCCUUCCAGAUUUUCUUACUGGUCAGAAAAGUAUGCUAUGUUAAUUUUACCAUUCGUGACCACUUUAAGAGAAGGCUUAGAAGCAAUUGUGUUUAUUGGAGGUAUUGGUAUUAACGAAAACACGUCUAUAUGGGCAAUUGUAAACUCUGCAGUCACAGCAAUUAUUAUCGGUUCAUUUGUUGGUAUUCUUUUAUAUCGUUCCGGUAGUACAUUAUCAUUGCAAUGGUUCUUAGUAACAUCAACUUGCUUUUUAUAUUUGGUUGCAGCAGGAUUAUUUUCCAAGGGUGUAUGGCAUAUUGAAUUACAGCAAUUUAUCAAUGAUUGUGGUGGGUUUGAUGUUAGUGAAACUGGCCAUGGACCAGGUUCUUACGAUAUCAUGAGAAGCAUUUGGCAUGUAAAUUGUUGUAAUGGUGAAUUACAGGAUGAUGGUCCAUUCUGGAUGAUGUUUACUGCAGUUUUUGGCUGGACCAAUUCGGCAACAUAUGGCAGUGUUAUCGGCUACAACUUUUAUUGGUUAGUUAUUAUUGUGGUAUUUACUUCAUUGAUUUAUGAAGAAAAACACGGAAGACUACCAAUAAUACCUGUUACUUGGCAACAGAAGAGAAUUAAUAAGAGAUUAAGUUUGAACUACACUGCCAUAGAGUCUUCCAGUAAUGAAAUUGUGCAACAGAGAGAGAGUAUCGAUUCAAUCAAUUCCUCAACUCCAUUAAAUGAGUAGUUACUCCUUCAUCUACUGUAGAUUGAGGCUAAAAUAACAAAAUAACAAAAUAACAACUAGAGCAAAUAUCAAACUUGUUAGAAUAUUUAGUGAUAUAAUAAAAGUUACCUUAU